AUGGAUGAUAUCGCGCCCGAAUAUGAUGUCGUGGUGCUCGGCACUGGUUUGACCGAGUGCGUUCUGUCUGGUGUUUUGAGUGUCAAGGGUAACAAGGUCCUCCACAUCGACCGCAAUGACCACUACGGAGGAGAGGCAGCCUCUGUGAACAUUGAAACAUUGUUCAAGAAGUACGGCAAUGUUCCCGCCGGGGAGGAGCCCUGGAAGAAGUACGGCCGAGUCAACGACUGGAACAUUGACUUGGUUCCCAAGCUGCUGAUGGCCAACGGAGAGUUGACAAACAUUUUGGUUUCCACCGAUGUCACCCGAUACCUCGAGUUCAAGCAGAUUGCCGGCAGCUAUGUUCAGCAGGGCAAGGGUCCCAAGGCGACCGUGGCCAAGGUGCCCUCCGAUGCCGGUGAAGCUCUGCGCUCUUCUCUCAUGGGUCUCUUUGAGAAGCGCCGAGCCAAGAAGUUCCUUGAGUGGGUUGGCGAAUUCAAGGAGGAGGAUCCUGCUACUCAUCAGGGUCUGAACAUCACCGCCGUGACCAUGAAGGAUGUCUACGAUAAGUUCAGUCUUGAGGAGAACACCCGUGACUUCGUUGGCCACUCCAUGGCGUUGUACCCAUCGGACGAGUACAUCAACCAGCCCGGUGUGGCUGUCGACGCUAUCAACCGCAUUCGUCUCUACGUCAACUCCAUGGCCCGCUACGGAAAGUCCCCAUACAUCUACCCUCUCUACGGUCUGGGUGAGCUUCCCCAGGGCUUUGCUCGUCUUUCCGCUAUCUACGGCGGUACCUACAUGCUGAACACCGAUAUCGAUGAGGUGUUGUACGAGGGCGGCAAGGUCUCCGGUAUCAAGGCCACCAUGAAGGAUCGCGAUGAGAACGCCGAGGUUAUGAAGUUUGAAACCAAGACAAAGAAGAUUAUUGCUGAUCCAUCCUACUUCCCUGGCAAGGUCCGCGUUACCGGAUACUUGCUCAAGGCGAUCUGCAUCUUGAAGCACCCCAUUGACAAGACUGAUGGCAGCGAUUCGCUGCAGCUCAUUAUUCCUCAAUCCCAGGUCGGACGCAAGCACGAUAUUUACAUUGCCAUGGUCUCCUCUGCACACAACGUUUGCCCCAAGGGCUACUACAUCGCCAUUGUCUCGACCAUUGCCGAGAACGAUGCUAACCCCCACAUGGAGCUCGAGCCAGGUUUUGAGCGCCUUGGCGCCAUUGAGGAGAAGUUCCAGGCUCCUCCCAUUCCUCUCUACGAGCCUCUGGAGGAUGGUACCAGCGACAACAUCUUCAUUUCCAAGAGCUACGAUGCCACAUCUCACUUCGAGACCACAAAUGUCGACGUGCGGGAUAUCUACCGCCGUGCUGUUGGUGAGGAGUUGGUUGUUGAGGGUCUCCGUGAGGACCAGCAGCUUGCUCAGGAGUAG